GGGUUAACUGAACAGUGCUGACGCCUUGUUUUUAUAAAUCACAACUGAAAAUUUCUUCUGAUAAGAUAAACACAUUUUCUUCAUUGUUGUGCCCUCUAGCAACACAUCUACUGGUAACGAGCAGAGGAUUUCAGAAGAAUACUCCCAUAUGCCAACUGCACCAGUUGGAAGAAGGUAGAAGUGGACCACUGAGCUCUUGGGGAGGUUUCCAGAGAUGAAAUGGAUGGUGGAGAUUGAUUCUUUUUUAGAGCAACCUUAAUCUCUCUGGUGUCUGAUAAACAUUGAGAGUUGGUUAAAAGGGCAUUAAAUCUUGACAGCAAAGCUUUGGAAAAGGGGCUGUUUGGGGGGUGUUCUAUUUCCUUGGGAAUUAUGAGCAUUGGAAGAAAAGGGAUGGAUGCUUCAAAUCAGAAGUCCAUUGAGAGAGUUGUUUCACAGAGAGCACUGCAAAUGGGCAGCUCAUUUCCAUGUCAAAUCUGUGUGGUUGGUUUCCUCUGUGGGGUUUGUCUUGCAACAUUCUUUCUGGCUGCUCUCACUUCCCUUGGCACCUUUGCAUUUGGUGGGAUUUCGUUCUCUGCAUCUUCCAAUGGAAUCACUUCUUGGAAUUCAAGUUCAGCUAUCAUCAAUAUGGUUACAAAGGGCGACUGCAAUCUUAAAGCAAGGGAAAUAGAGAGGGUGAUGCAUUCUCAGUUAACUUUCAACGGUAAAAUUGAUGCGAGAGUGUCUUUCUUGUACUCGGCUUGGAGUGCUUCGGUCAAUGAAUCAAUGAAAGGCGAAGGUGAGUUGCUGCAAGGUGCUGGAGUGAGGAGAUCUAAUGUGCCAAAAGCCCCUCACUUGGAGAAUUGCAAGUUGAGUUCACAAGUCAACAAGAAUCUUGAUAAGCGUGUCGAGAAUGAGAUCUUCCCUCAUUGGACUCUGUGGAAGGGAUUCUUGCAUACUUACCCAUUGUCGACAGCUGGUGAGCUGCUGAAGUCUGAAGGUGCUUAUCCUCCGUGGAUAACAGGAUCGGAUGAAGAAAAUUAUCCCUUCACUAGGAAAGUGCAGCGAGACAUAUGGGUUCAUCAGCAUCCUCUGAACUGCAAUGAUCCUGAUGUGAAGUUUCUUGUAGCUGACUGGGAGAGGCUGCCAGGAUUUGGUAUUGGAGGCCAGAUUGCCGGAAUGUGUGGACUUCUUGCUAUUGCCAUCAAUGAAAAAAGGGUCCUUGUUACAAACUACUAUAAUCGGGCAGACCAUGAUGGGUGCAGAGGGCCAUCACGUUCUAGUUGGUCUUGUUACUUCUUUCCAGAAACAUCCCAAGAAUGCCGAGACCGUGCAUUCCAGUUAAUGAAGGAAAAGGAUGCAUGGGAAAAAGGAAUUAUAACAGGAAAAGACAACUACAAAUCAAAGCAAAUAUGGUCUGGACAGACUCCUAGCACUUGGGGUAAUCCUUGGAGAUAUUUACAGCCAACAACAGAUAUAAAUGGAACUCUAAUUGCCUCUCAUCGCAAAAUGGAUAGAAGGUGGUGGCGAGCCCAGGCAGUUCGCUACCUAAUGAGAUUUCAGACUGAGUAUACGUGCAACUUGCUAAAUGCUGAACGUCAUGCAGCCUUUGGACGGGAAGCUGCAAAAUUGGUUCUUGCAACACCCGUUAAAGAAUGGCCAGAGGAAGUUAGAGAAGAACCGCAAUCUGAAAUGGAGCAAUUUGUAUGGUCCAAUCACAAACCGUGGAUGCCUAGGCCAUUGCUAAGCAUACAUGUGAGGAUGGGCGAUAAGGCAUGUGAAAUGGAGAUAUUUGAAUUUGAAGAAUACAUGAAACGUGCUGAACGCAUAAGAAAGCACUUCCCGCACCUUGUCAGCAUCUGGCUAUCCACGGAGAUGCAGGAAGUAAUUGAUAGAUCGAGAUCAUACCCCCAUUGGAAUUUCUACUACACAAACGUGACACGCCAGGUGGGAAACAUGUCAAUGGCUACUUACGAAGCCAGCCUGGGGAGGGAAACCAGCACAAAUUACCCUCUCGUUAAUUUCUUGAUGGCUGCGGAUUCAGAUUUCUUCGUCGGAGCCUUGGGUUCCAGUUGGUGCUUUCUUAUAGACGGAAUGAGGAACACGGGAGGAAAAGUUAUGGCUGGCUAUUUAAGUGUCAACAAGGAUCGGUUUUGGUAGCUAGAUAGUAAAAUGGCAAAUACAUAAAGAUGGUAGCUGGCGGUUCCAAGGGCAUGUAUGUUGUGUUGCUCGUCAGAUGUAUAUGGGUAUCUUUUUGUAUAGGUUUAUGUACUUAGCAAACUAAUGCACAUGAAAUUAACUGUCAAUAUUGUUGUUAGUGCUGUACUUCUAUAAUAAAAUGGGAAAAUUAAAUGCA